AUGUCAAAAAUAUCAAAUAAUCUAACUCAAGAAGAGCUAGCAAAAAUUAAAUUUUCAUCUAACGAUGUUAACAAAAUAACUAAUAAUUUUAAUCAGUUAUAUUUAAAAGAUUAUAAGUCACAGGAUUUUUUUGGUGAAAUUGUUAAAGAAUUGUGUAAUAUAUAUAAUAAAGAAAAAUCUAAAGGUAAAGAUUCUGAAUCAAUUAUUGAAAUAUUGGAUCAAUUUUUAACAGAAAAGAAGCAAAAUCCAAAUAAUAUUAUUAAUUGGUUCUUGAAUGAUGAAAUAAAUCCCACG